GGCUUGUCGAGCGUUUAAUAUGAGGCCUUCCUCACCGAAACAGGAAGUCUCGUGGAAGAAGAUGUUUCUACCUGGCGUUGGCUUGUCGACACCUAAAGCAUAAGGUGGAUGUAGACAGGAUGGACAGAAGGAAGGAAUUAAUUAGUGAGUUUGUAACGCGAGACAAGAGCGUUCGACUAUUUCCCUCGCGUAAGAUGAUCAUUAGAGGGGCGGCUUGCGAAUCCGAUGUUGAUUUAGCCAUCUCUCGGAAACCGAGAAUCCUUAACAAGCAGCAAUUAAAAUUGUCGGUUUUAAGCCACGCAAGAAUUCGUGGCCUCACGCGGCGGUUCUGGGGAUUUCGCGGCGCGAGGGUUGGCGCGCCCGCGCGACCGCUACUUGAAAGCAGCAGUCAACGAUCGCGCUGCAUUGUGGCGAUCGAAUGGCCGCCUCGUCUGAUGUCUGUCCAUUCUGUUCUUCUGCGAUUAGUUUUACUUUAUUCGGCGAUCCUCGUGAGCGGUGCCUCCCGUUCCUCUCGUUGAACGAUCCGAUUUAGUAAUAUAGUAACAUAUUAACAUUAACAAACGUAAAUUGAAAUGGAAAAAAGUGCCGAUGGGUUGCUGUUUCGCGCUGAGAGAAAUAAUGGUGCCGAUGAAGUAGCCAUGGACAUUGUUGACGAGAGAGUAGCUAUUUUAGAUGCAGGUGCUCAAUAUGGGAAAGUAAUAGACCGGAAGAUUCGUGAAUUAAAUGUUCAUAGUGAAAUUCUGGCACUCGAUACACCUGCAUUUACUCUUCAGGAGAAAGGAUACAAGGCUAUUAUAAUUUCUGGUGGUCCUAGUUCAGUAUAUGCGGAAGAUGCACCUAGAUACGAUGCCGAUAUCUUUCGAAUAGGAAUUCCUGUAUUAGGUAUUUGUUACGGGAUGCAGAUGAUGAAUAAGGAAUUCGGCGGUAGUGUAACUCGAAGGGAGAGUCGAGAAGAUGGCCAGUUUCCCAUUGAAGUUGAUACCAAGUGCCUGUUAUUUAAGGGCUUGGACAAGGAGCAAAUGGUACUAUUAAGCCAUGGCGAUAGCAUAGACAGGGUGGCUGACUGCUUUCGUACUACUGCCAGAUCGUCAAGCUUUAUAGCAGGUAUAGCGAGCGAUAAGAUGAAUUUGUACGGUGUGCAGUUUCACCCGGAAGUGGAUUUAACGCCUAACGGAAAAUCGAUGUUACAUAACUUUUUAUUUGGUAUCGCUGGCCUUACGGGUAAUUAUACGCUCCGCGAUCGGGAGGCACAGUGUAUCCAGUACAUCAGAAAUACUGUAGGCGACAAAAAGGUUUUGUUAUUAGUGAGCGGUGGUGUGGACUCGACAGUGUGCGCAGCUUUAUUACAAAAAGCUUUAAGUAAGGAGCAAGUUAUAGCCCUACAUAUUAAUAACGGCUUCAUGCGUAAAGGAGAAACGCAAUUCGUGGAACAAAGUCUAGCCCAAUUGUGUGUUACGUUAAGAGUAGUGAACGCUGCUCGCUAUUUCAUGCAGGGAACGACGACUGUCCCAUUGGACAAUGUCGCGCCUGUAAUGAACGCUAAUGUUACGAAUAAUAAAGGGAUGUGCGGUACAGCGAGUAGCCCGAGAACCAGGUUAACCAAGAUGUUAUGUGAGACUACAAAUCCAGAGGAGAAACGAAAGAUUAUAGGCGAUGUUUUUGUAAGAGUCGCGAAUGAAGCGAUGGCAGAAAUGGGAUUGAAGCCAGAGGACAUUUUUCUUGGACAAGGCACUCUCAGGCCUGAUUUAAUAGAAAGUGCAAGCGCCUUAGUCAGUGGUAAAGCGGAUGCCAUAAAGACGCACCAUAACGACAGCGAACUUGUGCGAGUACUACGAGCGCAAGGAUAUGUAGUCGAACCGUUGAAAGAUUUCCAUAAGGACGAGGUAAGACAGUUGGGAUGUGAUCUCGGAUUGCCGGCGGCGCUCGUUGCGCGUCACCCAUUCCCAGGACCUGGACUUGCAGUACGAAUCCUUUGCGCGGAUGAGCCUUAUAUAGAGAAAGAUUUCUCCGAAACACAGGUCAUAGUAAAAAUAAUGGCCGAGUAUGAGCAGAUGCUUCAGAAGAAACACGCGUUGUUAAAUCGCGUGGAAGGCGCGACAAACGAAGCCGAGCGUCAGCAACUUCGUAGAGUUUCGAGUCAUCGUCAUAUCGCGGCAACUCUCUUGCCUAUUCGUAGCGUUGGGGUUCAGGGUGAUCGAAGAAGUUAUAGCUACGUAGUAGGUUUGUCGUGCGAGGAGACUGUAUCCGAAGGUGUGGAAUGGGAGGACAUGUUGUUUCUUGCAAAACUAAUUCCACGCGUGUGUCACAAUGUGAACCGUGUGUGCUACAUUUUUGGGCCGCAGCUUCAUCAUCCAAUCCAGGAUAUCACGCCUACGUAUCUCACCUCGAAUGUGAUAGCGACUUUACGACAGGCGGACCACUUAGCUAAUCAGGUGUUGGCUUCUAACGGCUGUAUGGGAGCCAUUAGCCAGAUGCCCGUUGUUCUAAUACCGAUACACUUUGACCGCGACACAGCAUGUCGAACGUUAUCAUGUCAACGUUCCGUUGUUCUUAGGCCGUUUUGCACUAACGAUUUCAUGACUGGCAUCCCCGCCAUUCCUGGCAAAGAUUUGCCAAUACAUGUGGUGAAAAAGAUGGUAACUGAAAUAUCCACGGUGCCCGGAAUCUCACGCGUUUUAUAUGACCUAACGUCUAAACCACCGGGAACAACCGAAUGGGAGUAGUAAACGCUCAUCUGGCUCCUUUCUAUUUUUUCACCAUCCCUGCGCGCGUAACGAUUACAAAGCGAAAAAAUAUAUUUAAAAAGUAUAUAAAUAUAUAAAUAUAUAUAUAAAUAUUACGAAAGAAAUACACGAAUUCGAGGUUGA